GUGUUUUGAGAGGCACUUGGUGCAUUGUCUGGGCACCAGAGCAGCACUCGGAUGAGGGACAGAAGCCUGAGUGACCCCCACUGAGCUUGAAGGCUGAACUGCUGCAGAGAACUAGAGGAAAGCUAAGCAGUCACCAUGAAACUUUCCUGGAAAUAUCAGCCCCUCGCUGGGGGCUGGUGGGGUGUCCUCAGGCUGUACACCCUAAUAGUCCUGUAUUGUGAUUUCUUGGCAUUGCGUGGAGGUGACUGCUGGACCUACCAUUACUCUGAAAGGCCCAUGCCCUGGGCCAAGGCAAGAAACUACUGCCAGACAAGUUAUACAGAUUUAGUAGCGAUACAAAACAAGGCAGAAAUUGUGUACCUGAAUGCCACCCUUCCUCUAAGUCGUACUUACUACUGGAUUGGGAUCCGGAAAAUAGGAGGCAUAUGGACUUGGGUGGGAACAAAUAAGCCACUCACUGAAGAAGCAGAGAACUGGGGCACGGGGGAGCCUAACAACAAAAAAUCCAAGGAGGAUUGUGUAGAGAUCUACAUCAAGAGGCAGCAAGAUGCAGGCAAAUGGAAUGAUGAUUCGUGCUUGAAGCCCAAGGUUGCACUGUGCUACCAAGCUUCCUGUCAGCCUUUAUCCUGUAGUGGUCAUGGAGAAUGUAUAGAAACCAUCAAUAAUUACACCUGCAAAUGUGAUUUGGGAUACUAUGGCCCCCAAUGUGAGAAUGUGAUUCAGUGUGAGCCUUUAAGGGCACCGGACCUUGGAAGGAUGAACUGUACCCAUCCAAUAAAGGACUUCAGCUUCAGGUCCAUAUGUACAUUUAGCUGCUUGGAAGGAAGAUACUUAGUAGGUGCUGAGGAUACAACCUGUGAGGCAUCUGGGAACUGGUCAUCCCUCCAGCCAGUGUGUCAAGCGACUCAGUGUAAGCCUUUAAUGGCUCCAGAACAUGGAAUGAUGGAAUGCAUUCACCCCCUGGAAGAAUUCAGCUUUACCUCCAAAUGCACAUUUAGCUGCUUAGAAAAGAUGGUAUUAACAGGUGCUGAGGAAGCUACAUGUGAAGCAUCUGGAACUUGGUCAUCUCCAACGCCGACAUGUCAAGGGACUCACUGUGAGCCUUUGAUGACACCAGAAUGGGGAAUCAUGAACUGUACUCACCCCCUGGGACAUUUCCAUUUUAGCUCUAAGUGUAUAUUCCGCUGCUUAGAGGGAACGUCCUUAAUAGGUGCUGCAGAAACGACAUGUGAAACAUCCGGAAACUGGUCAUCUCCAGAGCCAAUAUGUGAAGGGUCAAGAAAUAUUCUAUCACCCAUCAGAAAGGGUCACUACAAUCCUAUCUUCAUCCCUCUGGGGACUCUAGUGACUUCUUUCUGUGGGGUUGUAUUUAUCAUUUUGCUGGCAAGGAAGCUGAAGAAAGCCAAGAAGUCUUCCAGAAGGCCUGACAGAGAAUAAAUUGCUACUCGUUAGAGAAAAGUCAAAGAACUAUCAAACUUUUCAACAACUUUGUGAAAAAGGACUGGAAGUUUUAAGUGGAGUCAUCCACAUUGGAAGAUGACAUUGGUGGUGUUUUUCCCCAUAGCGGUGAAUCAUCCCCACUGUGUCCAUUUUGAUGUAUACUAUUUUCUUUGUUAUCUUGUAUACUUUUAUGCCUAUGCAUCUAUAAAAAAUCAUUUUGGAUUUCAAGAAGAAGGGAUUGUUUUGAAAAAUAAAGACAUCCAACUAUAACCCAAUGCCAAUUCUGCUUUGCAAAUACAAUAAAAUACUGUUCUGUA